GGCAGGUGAGAGUGGAGGGGGCCAGCUGAAAGCCGGAGUUCCGUCAACUGCCCCCUCCGGCCCACCCUCGUCCCCACAUCCCCUCUUUUCAUCUUCCCACCCCCGUCCCUCAAUGGGAACGCAGACACUGCCGCCCCGCUGAGAGCCCCGGCGGGCUUAUUCCUGAGAAGUCGGUGUGAGGGGCCAGGGCCGGCCCUGCCCACCCCGGGCUCCCGACCGAGAAUUCACGCCGUUUCCGGGCCGCCUCGUCCUGGCGCUGCCCGCCUUACUCUGAGGCCCCGGGGCCACCACGCUGAGAAGGCGCCCCGAGCUCUGGGGUCCUACCAGUCAGUCGCCAAUCGUUGUGACCUUGGGCCUCAGUCCUCGUGAAGUUUCGGUUGCUGGGGGUUCCUGGCCGCAAAGCCCGAAAGCCUGAGGGGCACCUGAGCUCGUGAUUGUAAUUUCGAGCCUGCGACUUGUCCGAACCCCCAGCGUGUUGAGUUGCAGUUUUUAGGUCCAUCAGUACUGCACUGCAGGAAUGGCAGAUUUUGGGAUUUCUGCUGGCCAGUUUGUGGCAGUGAUCUGGGAUAAGUCAUCCCCAGUGGAAGCUCUGAAAGAUCUGGUGGAUAAGCUUCAAGUGUUAACUGGCAAUGAAGGCCACGUGUCUGUGGAAAACAUCAACCAGCUGUUACAGUCUGCCCACAAGGAAUCCAGCUUUGACAUUAUUUUGUCGGGUUUAGUCCCGGGAAGCACCACUCUGCACAGUGCUGAGAUUUUGGCUGAAAUCGCCAGGAUCCUUCGACCUGGUGGAUGUCUUUUUCUGAAAGAGCCAGUAGAGACAGCUGUAGAUAACAAUAGCAAAGUGAAGACAGCAUCUAAGCUGUGUUCAGCCCUGACUCUUUCUGGUCUUGUGGAAGUGAAAGAGCUGCAGCAGGAGCCCUUAAGCCCCAAGGAAGUACAGUCUGUUCGAGAACACCUGGGUCAUGAAAGUGACAGCCUACUGUUUGUUCAGAUCACAGGCAAAAAACCAAACUUUGAAGUGGGUUCUUCUAGUCAGCUUAAGCUUUCCGUCGCCAAGAAGUCAUCUCCUUCAGUGAAGCCUGCUGUGGACCCUGCUGCUGCCAAGCUGUGGACGCUCUCAGCCAAUGAUAUGGAGGACGACAGCAUGGAUCUCAUUGACUCAGAUGAGCUGCUGGAUCCAGAAGAUUUGAAGAAGCCAGAUCCAGCUUCCCUGCGGGCUGCUGCUUGUGGGGAACGGAAAAAGAGGAAGGCCUGCAAGAACUGCACCUGUGGCCUUGCUGAAGAACUGGAAAGAGAGAAGUCAAGGGAACAGAUGAGCUCCCAACCCAAGUCGGCUUGUGGAAAUUGCUACCUGGGUGAUGCCUUCCGCUGUGCCAGCUGCCCCUACCUUGGGAUGCCAGCCUUCAAACCUGGGGAAAAGGUGCUUCUGAGCGAUAGCAAUCUUCAUGAUGCCUAGGAGGGACCCAACAUGGGACACAUCUGCUCCUUCAGCCAACUCCUGUCUCUCACAUCCCACCACUGUGGCUCCUCCCGCCUCCUCUGGAUUUGUUCACUCUGUUUGAGAUCUGUUUGCAGAGUGGGUGCUUAGCAGACAGAGUGAAGCUGGCUUGUGGGCACAGUGGUGUAUAGUGCUGCUCUGUAUCAAGACACCAAGGUAUUAUGGGUCCUGGUUACCCAGAAUGGGCUGGGUUUCUUCACCUCAUGUUAAAAGAAGGGAGUGUCCUGAAGAAGUCCUUCUGUUAAAAUGCUGACCAGAACACUCUUGAGCCCAGACAUCCUUGAGCACUAACACUCUGUGACAGAGCUCCAGGCCCCUGCCCGGAGUCUCAUCUCAGCAAUGCUGCCACCUGCUUGUCUUUCCGAGUUGUUAGUUUAUUCCAUUCUUUGUGACACAAGUCAAGUGUCUUAUGACCUCCUCAGGGCACCAGAGGAGUCACUCACUGGUUGCUGUGAUGAUAUUCAGUGUCCCUCUGCCCCCUUCCACCCCCCAACCCCAUUUUACUGUGGCAUUGCAUCUGUGUUUUAUUGUCAUUUCUGUUAACCAUCAGGUAUUAAACUUGCUGCAUAUCUUGA